GCGUUCAAUGCAUGUUUAGAGACAGCGGUGAGCAAAUAGGACCAAGUGGAUUAAGUAUUAUAUGGCGUUGCUGUAAUAAACAAACGAUGUAAUCCAGUUUUUUCGAGAGAAAUAUAAUCAGUUUCUGUUAAAUGACUAAAUGGAAUGUUAUGUUUUCCAAGGAUUCUCUUUCAAUCUGUUGACUGUAUAUAGAUCGUUUCGCUGAUUGAUGAAGUGGAUUUACCAUUUGAUUCCUUGACGCGAUUGCUCAUUUCCUUUUGGCCUACCUACCUGUUACUUGUGAAGACGCAAUGCCAGUCGAAGAACCCACUUCUGCGUUUUCAGGACAAGGAAGAGCAUUAAGAAUUCUACGAAAUUCAAAGCUUGUAGUGUAUGAUGAAUACAGAAAGAUGAUAAGAGAUAUACAAAGGUUUAAAGAUGAGGAAAAAAGAGAAUUGUCCAAUGGAAUAAGAAAAAGAGAGAAUGACAUGAGGCCUUAUCUCUAUGAUACUGGUGACUCAUAUGAGAAACCAUUUUUCUCUGUUCUAACAAAGAUGCUUCUUGAAAUAUCCAGCAUAAAAAAUUCCCAACGACAAUCCGAAGAUUUACAGAGAGUAUAUCAGUGGUAUGUUACAAAUAAAAGACAGCUGUGCAGAACAGACAAGCACUUCAGUCCUUCGCAAGGUUCUUCCAAGACACUUAAGUAUAGACCUUCAUCAUCCAUUGACCCUGGUGUCAAACCUGGAAUAUUGCGUCACGAAAAAGUUGGGCGAAACUCUUAUAGACAUCAAAGACCCCAAACCUCUUUUUCGCAUUUGGACUCGCGUGACAUGUCUAGUUCGAAAGAAUCUGACACCAUGGACACAGUCUUCACUGUCAAUGGUUUUGAAGGAAUUGGUGCUCCAGAAAUACCCAACGAUUUAAGAGAUUACAAAUAUGACUCGACUCAAGACAUGAAAUCUACCAUUAAGAGGCCUGAAACUGCCCCACCUCAUAUAAUGCUUGACCAUACUCCAGUUUCGAAAGGAAGAUAUGUUUCAACAAAAGCAGACUAUCAGUUGGAUCCCAGUGAAGAUAUGCAGUUACCUGUUUCAAAAGUUUCUAUACAUUAUACAGCACCGGGAGAGAACAGCGAAAACGUGCAGGUUAACCAAAUCGAACGUUAUAACCAGAACUCGAGUCCACUGAGUCAUUCAAGCAAUAAAAAACAGAGGUCGAGAAGCGCCGAUUAUUUACAAAAAAGAGUUUACAUUCAGGAGGAUUUACCAGGAAGCGAUCUGCAAUCUGAAAUCGAUGAAGACCGAGUUAGCAUUGAUGUUGAUCAAAUUGUUAAAAGUGCUCAAAUGAGCGAUGAUCAACAAUCGGAAGAGAAAUCAAGCGAGGAUUUUAGUAUCGAGACUCAAGCUGAUGAUGCCAGUGCCAGCCAAUCAACUGCAAUCGAUCAAUCGAAAUCGUUGAAUACUGGUGAGGUGAUCAUGGAGAAAGGGGUUUCUGUUAAGGAGCAAGAUACAGUUUUGGGAGAAAAAUCGAAUUCGAGCAUUCAGCAAGAGAAGCAGAAGUUUGAAUAUAUACCAAGUUAUUCAAAAUUCCAGCAAUUAAAAGAAAGGAAGCAUAUGAAUUAUAAAGACGAAGUGAACAGCAAGGAAAGCAACAGCACGCAAGCUGUUUCCCAAUCACCGAGAAGCCUUCACCGCAACGUUGCUAAGAAACAAGUUGACCCACAUAGUGGCUUAAACAAAAAUGGAUUGACAACGUCAUCGAUUUUACAGCUUGUGACGCCUGUUGGCCAACAAAUGCUCGAACAAAAACCACCAAUUCAAAUCAAUCAUCAAGAGUUUCGAAAAGAUGUUCGACAAAGUCCUUCAAAUUCGCCUCACAGCAGCCCUCGUGAUAGACUUAGUCCGCGAUUAUAUUUAAGGCCAACUGCUGCUCUGAAAGGAGAUAAUGCCAGCCAGGCUUUGAGGAAGGCUGAAAUCUUGUUCCCGGAAGAAAGUCCAAGACAAUAUAAAGUUCAUUUUCCACAGGACCGGAACGCGAAAACGGAAAAACAUUACAAAAUAUCUGGUCCGGUGGAGCCGGAUUCGUUGAGAUAUCGAUAUACACAUGAUGGAUUUGGCAGUCGAACCUAUGUAAAGAAACUGACCAAGCCACAAAUGCAAAAUCGUACUGGCAAGGUAAAAGCAAGACAAUGCGAGUCACCACAAUCAGUUUUCAAAAAUAGUUCUCGUAUGCCUAAUUCAAAGACUCUGGCUUCCUCUAUGAUUAUUAAGCAUCUGGGUGGAUGCGACAGAAGAUCCAGUGACAGGAUGAGCGGGCAAAGCACCGCUGUUCCAAUGUGGAUAGCGUCACCAGACAGCGAAAAUCAGAAGCCUGACGAUACGCAGUUUGUGAAACUAACCAAGCCCUAUGACAAAGAUUCCUCAUUUUCAUCAGAGCUGUCAGAAAACAAAAGGCCAAAGUACCAUGUGAAGCAAAUCGAUGUUGACGUGCUGAACAUCUUUCAACCAUUGUAUCUCAUUGGCGAUGAUAGAGGGGAAAAGGCUCAGUGGGAAACUGGAAGGUUCACCGAGACUUUGAGCACACAAAGAGGCUCUCCAAACACCCCUGACGUAGGGAGCAGAGAGAUAAAUAAGCUUGAUUGGCUAAAUCAGUACAAUGGUGGUUAUUUUCCACUGAAAGCUGAAGGCCAUGCUGUUCAAGUCGGAGAGAAAUCUCAGAGUGUUGGCGGAAAAUCACCAUCACAGUCCUUGCCGCAGACUCAGAAAAUAAGCAGACCAGGCAGUCAGUACAAGGAGAGAAGCGAUCCCCUGUCGCUUAACAAGAGUAGGCCUCUUUCAGCAUGUUCGAAAGCGUCCAAUAGGCUUGGCUCUGCGCGCUCUAGCAGGCAUGGAUCCGCGCAGUCGACUCGACGGCCUCAUUCCCAUGCAAAGAGCACAACUGAAGAACAAGUGGAUCAAGUUUUCAGCGUGAAUAAGUUCUCGCAUUACUGCUUUGAUGAUAAUCCGGCACUUGAAGAUGACUACCAGCGUCAAAGAAAAACAAAUGCUGCCGUUGACAUCCAAAGGAUAUUCAGAGGCUAUAUGGCGAGAAAGUAUGCUCGUGAGCUGAAACAUGCAGAAAAGGAUCGGCAAAAGAGAGCUGCAAUUAAAAUACAAAGUGCUAUGCGAGGGUACUUAACAAGGAAGCGAAUGAUCGAGUACAACGUUAGCCAGCGCCCUCCUCAAGUCGACAUUGUCGAAUGGGAGAAAACGUACAAGGAGCAUCUGAAGAAAAAAGACAAUGAGCGAAUGUUUAAAGCUCAGACGCGUAAUAAGAAACUGAUAAAACUCCAGGUCAAGCAGGAUGACAGGAUGCGGAAAGUCAGUGCUUCGAAGGCCAUACACGAAAUUUUCCACGACAAAAGUCCCACAAAGGCACAAAUGAAGGCAGCUGCAAUUACUAUCCAGAGGUUCGUACGUGGUUGGUUAGUGCGCAAAUUUUACCAAAAUGCAAAAAGUAAGGCCAUGAAGAGGACGCUUGACUUCAAAGGCUUCCUGAACACGUACAGAGAUCACCUACAGAGAAUAAUGGAGAGACAUGGGGAAAAGGAUUCAAAGGCAAUAAUUGCUUUUGAUGAGCUUUUGGAAUACAUCGAGAAAAGAAACAAGUACGAGAUUGAAUAUGAUAGAAUUGCAAAAGGGAAAAAACAAGGGAGUGUUGGCAUUUUUACGUAUGAAGAUAUAAAGAAGUUUUUUGAAGCUUGUGGAAAACAUCCAUCGCGCAAGGAAGUUGAAGAUGCAAUCGAUAUUUGCUUUUCAGACAUUGUUGAAUUGAAAGAGCACGCAUACACCAAGGCACAGAUUGUAGAAAUUGCCUUUCAGAUUUAUGUUCCAAAAGGCACCAAACUCGUAGACACUCGCAAGUCAACCUGGCUGAAUCCACUAGUCGGGGGUGAUGAAGCAGCGCGGAUCAAAUUGUCGAAGAAAGUCAACGAGGCGACGAGCUUGGGAAAGGUGUUCGAUUUUGUUAGCCAAACGAGACGUGAUCAGGUUGAAAUGGAGCAACGAGCCAUCACGCCAGAUUUGCUGCCGCUUGACGCGAAACUGAACGGAUUCGAAAAAUUAAACGAAAAACCUAUAAGCAAAUCUAAUCAAUCAAAGAAAAAGAAAUAGCUGUAAAUUUGUAUAUUUGAAUAUAUUUGAAUAAAAAGAACUUUUUAACAAAAAGCAAAAAAAUGUAUAUUUUACAAAUGGUGGUUAUAUAAUUUACAUUUGAAAAGGGGGUUAUGUAAUUUGUCAUCAGAACCUUAGAAUAUCUACGAAGCUACUCCGCAUAGUGGCUCUAACUAAGGAUUGUUUACCUGUUUCGCUGUUCGCUGUUACUGACUGUUAUUGAUCAAGUAAUGCCCUAAAUAUUAGCGAAAGUGAAGAUUUU